AUGGACCGUUGCCUUGACGAGCAUUCGAGGCCUCGCAGUCCUCAGAGUCAGCAAUACAUUUCGUCUUCACCACGUAGUAACAUAGCAUACGGCUCAAUUGACGCUACGCUCAUGCAGGACCGCACACAAGCAGGCCUUGAGCUGAACAUGAACGAGCUACUGUCUGAUCCUGUUUCCAUGCUGCGGAGCACGCCUGAACCUCAGGGCACACAGAUGACCCAUGGCCGGAGCGAUCAAGCCGCCAGUCGAGCCGGCGGCAAUCAAGAGGACAACGAUCAGCAAGGCGGCAUUGCGGAAGAGUCUGUUACUCAACGCACUGGCGCCGGCACUGGCGACGACCCAAAGCAGCCGAGUGCUGAACAAGAAGUAGGAUAUCAAAGGACGUGA